AUGGUGACGAUAACGGGCUUUGAAACGAGGGAUGUGCGGUUCCCCACGUCUCUCGAUAAAACGGGCUCGGAUGCUAUGAAUGCAGCGGGAGAUUACUCGGCGGCUUAUUGCAUUUUGAAGACGGAUGUGGGGUGCGAGGGGCAUGGGAUGACCUUCACCAUUGGACGAGGCAAUGACGUCGUCUGCUACGCCAUACCGUAUCUCGCCGAACGCAUCAAGGGCAAGACGCUCGAGUCGCUGGUGGAGAAUUGGGGGAAGACGUGGAGGUAUUUGGUCAAUGAUAGUCAGUUGAGGUGGAUUGGCCCCGAAAAAGGCGUCAUCCACCUCGCUCUCGGCGCCGUCGUCAACGCCCUCUGGGAUCUCUGGGCCAAAGUCCUCGGCAAACCCGUCUGGCGCAUCGUCGCCGACAUGAGCCCCUCGGAAAUCGUCUCCCUCAUCGACUUCCGCUAUCUCACCGACUGUCUCACGCCCGAGGAAGCCCUUGCCAUCCUCGAGAAAGCGCAAGAGGGGAAGAAGGACAGACUCCAGGAGGCGUUGGAGAAUCGCGCGGUGCCAGCGUAUACUACGAGUGCGGGGUGGUUGGGAUAUGGUGAAGACAAGAUGAGGGGUUUGUUGGAAGAGACGCUGGGGCAGGGUUAUAAGCAUUUUAAGCUCAAAGUAGGUGGGGAUGUGGAGGGCGAUAGGAAAAGGUUGACGAUUGCGAGGGAGGUGAUUGGGUAUGACCGCGGAAACGUGCUCAUGGUGGAUGCGAAUCAGGUCUGGGAUGUGCAGGAGGCCGUGACGUAUAUGAACGAGUUGAAGGAGUUUCGGCCGUGGUUCAUUGAGGAGCCGACGAGUCCUGAUGAUGUCCUCGGGCACAAGAAGAUCAAAGACGCCCUCGCCCCCUUGGGCAUCGGUGUAGCAACAGGUGAGAUGUGCCAGAACCGCAUCCUCUUCAAACAAUUCCUGGCUGCUUCAGCCCUCAAUGUCAUCCAACCCGACGCCUGUCGUCUCGGCGGCCUCAACGAAGUCCUCGCCGUCCUCCUCCUUGCCGCAAAGUACAACGUCCCCGUAGUACCUCACAGCGGCGGCGUCGGUCUGCCGGAGUACACUCAGCAUCUCAGUACGAUUGAUUACGUGGUGGUCAGUGGAAGGAAGAGUGUGCUCGAGUAUGUGGACCAUUUGCAUGAGCAUUUUGCGAGGCCGGCGAGGGUGGAGAAUGGCCAUUAUGUUACGCCCAGUGAGCCAGGGUAUAGUGUGGAGAUGAAGAGGGAGAGCAUGGAUAGGUGGGCAUUUCCGGGAGAGGAGGGAGUAAGUUGGUGGCGAAGUGACGAAGCUAGGGUGAUUUUGGAAGGGGAGAAGAUUUAA